GCUGGAGGGGAGACCGCUGAGGGCGGCCGCAGUCCAGCUCUGGGCCAGGGGGUCCAAAGUGUUCACCCCCGGCACAGCCGGACCUUUGGGGGCCUUCUUUCAGCAGGGGACAGCCUGAUUGGGGACAAUGGCGCCUCUCUACCACAUCUUGGUUCUCUGUGUGGGUUUUUUCACCACGGCCAGUGCAGAAGCUCCACAGGAACAUGACCCAUUCACCUAUGACUACCAGACCCUGCGGAUCGGAGGCCUCAUCAUCGCCGGGAUCCUUUUCAUCCUGGGUAUCCUCAUCGUGCUGAGCAGAAGGUGCCGGUGCAAAUUCAACCAGCAGCAGAGAACUGGGGAACCUGAUGAAGAGGAGGGAACUUUUCGCAGCUCCAUCCGCCGUCUGUCCACACGCAGGCGGUAGAGACACCUGGCGCGAUGGAACCCAGCCAGGAUUCCCCUGGCUCCUGAUGUCCACCACCUGUGCGCCCACCGCCCCCUGGACUGCCCUCUUCCCCUGCCCUGCUCCCACAGACUCCUCUCUGCCGCACAGACUUCAAUAAAACGUGCUUUUCUCUCUUGACA